GGGCGCAUGCUGGGGCCGCUGGGCAUCCACGCGGGGAUGGCGCUGAUGGAGGGCAUCCAGGAGUUUGUGUCGGAAUGGCAGGAAGCAGAUCCAACGACGGUGGCGGCGUCGAUAGAUCGGACGAUGGACACUCUGAACGAUUUCUUGACGCUGGCGGACGACAGUACCGAGCGCGGCCAGGCCGUGGUCACAGAGACCAUCAAGAUGUGCAAGGUCAGCGAGAGCUACAUGGUGCCCAACAGCAAGAACAGAUUGGCUUCGACCGGCCCCCCGGCUUCAGGGGGGCUCCCGAAUGACGCGAAAGAAGAAGCCGUGGCGAAGCUGGGCCAGUUCUCGGGCCGCAACCUGAGCAUUGCAGUGGGGGUGCUGAUCGUCUUCGUGAGAGGCGAGAAGUCCCUGUCGGCGGCGCCCAA